AUGUGGUCUCUGUUCACCAGAGCCUGUGGUGUUGUGGCGUUCCCCCAGGUCUGGGACCAGCCCAUCCAUAGUCCUGGACUCAAAGGGUCCUCCUCUGUACCCAGGUCCAACCCACAGACGUUCAGAAAUGCGCACCAACAGCUUCCCGUCUGUCAUAGGUUUGAUCCCCUCAGCGACACACCGGCUGAACCGGAUACACUUGUAAUUGGCAGCUCCAUAGUCAGAGACGUGAAGCUCCCAGCGGUGUCUGUCAGGUGUUACCCUGGGGCCAGAGUCGGUGACAUCGAAGGAAACCUUAGGCUUCUACAGCAGAGUAGGACUAGGUUUCGCCGGAUCGUUAUUCAUGCAGGUGGUAACGACGCCCGGCGGAGACAAUCUGAGGUUCUUAAAGUGAAUGUAGCCUCGGUGUGUAAACUUGCUAGGUCGAUGGCUGACACCGUAGUAUUCUCUGGACCCCUGCCCACUUUGGUCAAUGAUGAGAUGUACUCUAGGUUCUCAUCAUUUAACCGCUGGUUGUCUAGAUGGUGCCCAGAAAACGACAUUGUUUUUAUUGACAAUUGGCGUGCGUUCUGGGGAAAGCCCGGGCUCAUUCGCAGAGACGGCGUACAUCCCACUUGGGAGGGUGCCUGUCUUUUAGCUCACAAUCUGGCCGCUAGCCUUUGUCUUCCAAAGUGACACUUCAGAGUGGGGGCCCGGGAGCAGAGUUGUAGUGUAAAACACUUCUCUGUUAAUCACUCACUUCCUCCCGAGCUGUCACACAUCCAGUGUUUAGGAAAGAAGAUAGAGACUGUGUCUGUUCCUCGUGUAGUAGAGACUCAAAAACCUAACCCUAUAGAGACUUUAGGAGUGAGACCAAAUAAUUUAAUACAAAUAGUUCCGGAUUGUAGUCAAAUUAAAAGGACAUCUAAUAAACAUAUUAAAUGUGGAUUACUAAACAUUAGGUCUAUUUCAUCCAAAUCUCUGUUAUUAAAUGACUUCAUUGGUGACCUUAAAAUGGAUAUUUUGGCUCUGACAGAAACCUGGCUUCAGCAAAACGAAUAUGUGAGACUAAAUGAAUCCACGCCACCAAGUCAUGUGAACUUUCACACAGCUAGAAGCACUGGUCGAGGUGGAGGAGUGGCAGUAAUUUCACACUCUAGUUUAGGUCUGAACCCUAAAACUAAUCACACUUAUCAAUCCAUUGAAAGUUUAUUUCUGUCAAUUACUGAUCCCAAUUGGAAAAACAAAAAAAACAGUUCUAUUUGUAGUGGUCUAUCGCCCUCCUGGUCCUUACUCACAGUUUUUAUCAGAAUUCUCUGACUUUUUAUCCACUGUAGUGUUAAACUGGGAUAGGAUUUUAAUAGUUGGGGACUUUAACAUUCAUGUUGAUAAUGACAAUGACUCUUUUAGUGGAGCUUUUAGUGGCCUAUUAGAUGGGAUUGGCUUUGUUCAAAAUGUAAAUAAACCAACUCACCGUCACAGGCACACCCUGGAUCUGAUCUUAACAUAUGGUACUGAGGUUAGUGACCUUGUUGUCCUCCCCCAU